AUGACAGAAAACUACAAUAACGUCACCCACUGGAAUGCCAGCUAUGAGUAUUACCAAAAAUUAGAUUUCAUAAGGCACGUGGUAACAUGCAUCAUCAUUAGUAUCGGCCUUCCUCUGACGCUCAUGGUCAUCUAUGCUCUUUGCUUUCUGGUAAGAAAGGAUCAUGUGGCUCCAAUCUACGUCAUCAACCUUCUCAUUACUGACGUCAUUCAGUUCUGCUUCCUGCUCAUUCAGGAGAUAAAACAGAAUGAUGACAUCGUACGUUAUAUUUACCGCAGUAGCCUAGUGACCAGUAUUCGCUUCAUGGUGUGUGUCUCACUGGAAAGAUAUUUGGUCAUCGCCCACCCACUGUGGUACCGCUUCAAACGAACCAUCAAGAUCUCUGUGGUGGUCAGUGUCGUGGCCUGGCUCAUUCCUCAUGUCAUUUUGCUCCCUCCGUUUCUCCUCUCUUGGUUUCUCCGGGUUCCUGUUAAAGUGAUAUAUUGCGUCUAUGUAAUUUUCUUCAUCAUUCCCUUCCCACUGUUCAUAUUCUUCCUGGUUGGGACCUUCAAAGCGCUCUCUGCUUCCGUCUCCGUCCCCUCUGAAGAAAAACGUAGAAUUGUUGGAAUGUUGGUCCUGGUGCUGCUCAUUUACACACUGCUGUUCCUGCCCUGCAUAAUUUUCACUCUUCUCAAGUACAUGAACAUAUUAGACCGAACUGUGUUUGGCUUAUCUGUUAUGUUUAUUAAGCUGAGUCCUCUUGCAGACUUAAUUUUGUACGUUUUCUUGAGAAAAGAGUCCAUUGGCAAGCUUUGUACCACUGUGAACUGGUGCAGAGUUGCCAACGCUGACACCAACAUAUAGACAGUAUGAAUGUGGACAACAUUUUUAAAAUUGAGCUCCAUGGAGGAAGAGACGAUGAGGAGA